UCAAAUGAUGGACGGGCCUAAACAAUUAGACGAAGAAACUUUGCAAGACCUCUACGCGUGGAUAGACAAGAUACCACUCUCCAGACCCAAACGGAAUAUAACAAGAGAUUUUAGCGAUGGAGUUAUGACUGCAGAGGUAGUGAAGCAUUUCUUCCCUAAGCUGGUGGAGCUGCACAAUUACACGGCCGCGCAUUCCGCGCAACAGAAGCAGAGUAACUGGAGCACCCUGAACAGAAAAGUUUUCUCCAAGCUGAACUUCCAUAUACCUGAAGAGACGGUGAAGAAUAUUGUACUCAGCACAGCAGGCUACAUCGAACCAGUCCUUUGCUCUCUGAGAGAGAAGAUACAGGAGAAACGGGCAGGAAAACAAUUAGAUGGCACACUGGACUUGGAAUAUUACAGCACUACAACUGGACAGUCGAGAUCAGCCCCUCAUACCAAUCCAGCCACUGUGAAGAAGAAAGACAAAGUAAGUGCUGCUGCAGCCUUGAGACCAAAUGUGGAUCCAGGUGUCCGUUUGCUCUUGGAGGAAAAGGAGCAAGUAAUUUUGGCUUUACAGGAGACUGUAGAGAUUUUACAGAUUAAGGUAGACCGAUUGCAGCAUCUUGUGAAUCUUAAGGAUCUACGCAUCGAGGACUUGACAAAGCACUUAGAGCGAUAUAAGGCACACAACUCGUGAUCUCAUUAUUAACAUCUAGAUCCACCAUCAGGAAUUUGAUUUCAGGAAAAGCAUACUAUAUGCAUACUUAAGACUCAUAAUAAACUGUUACAGAGAUAUGAAAUCAUCUCAUUUUCCUCACCUGUUUUCUGACC